AUGUUGCAUCCAAGGACUCUUUUCUCACUGAGGCCGAUUGAGUGUGGUUUUCACUGGUACUCCACAAAAUCUACAAAAUUAGCAGCAGGCACUAUUAGUGUUUCACAAGAAGUUUCCAAUAAGCAAAGGUUAUUUUUUACAGAUCCCAUAUCUCCAGGAUCCAUUUUCUUCCUACCUAAUGGAGCAAAAAUAUUCAACAGAUUGAUUCAAUUCAUGAAAUUGCAGCAGCAGUUCAAGUAUGGAUUUCAAGAAGUUGUAACCCCUUUAAUUUAUCGAAAAUCUUUAUGGGAGCAAUCAGGUCAUUGGCAGAACUACAAAGAAGAUAUGUUUCGUGUCGAAGGCCAUGAUAAUAUGAAAGAGGAGUACGGUUUAAAGCCUAUGAACUGUCCUGGUCAUUGCCUGAUUUACAAAAAGUUUGAUAGAUCAUAUAGUGAACUCCCUUUACGUUUUGCCGACUUUUCACCACUGCAUAGAAACGAAGCAUCAGGAGCGCUUUCUGGGUUAACACGGGUCCGAAAAUUUCAUCAGGAUGAUGGCCAUAUAUUUUGCACUCCAGAACAGGUCGAGAAUGAAAUAAACAGUUGUUUGAAACUGGUAGAAAUGUGUUACACUAAAAUUUUUCCAUUUAGUGAAGACGAAGGAUAUUUUUUGGAGUUGUCCACUAGACCUGACAGUUAUAUUGGUAAUUUGGAGAUUUGGAACCAUGCUGAGGAUGUUCUAACAGGAAUUUUGAAAAAAUGUGGCAGAUCUUGGAGAUUGAACGAAGGUGAUGGUGCAUUUUACGGUCCCAAGAUUGAUAUCAAGGUCAGAGAUCAUAGUGGAAAAUCUCAUCAAGUUGCUACAAUACAAUUAGACUUUCAGUUACCCGAAAGGUUUGAUCUCAGAUACAAAGAUAGAGAUAACACGUAUAAGAAACCAAUAGUCAUUCACAGGGCUGUCUUCGGAUCUGUCGAAAGGUUUAUGGCGAUGCUGAUGGACUCCAAUAGAGGCAGAUGGCCCUUCUGGCUGAACCCUCGCCAAGCAAUGAUUAUACCUGUCAAUACGAAAACAACCGAGCAAGUAAAAAAAUCACAUGCCUUACUUCUCAAACUACGCGGUAUGAAUACAAACGAUGAUUUGACUCCCAUUGCUCUCAAUAGUUUUCAUUUCAAUGCAGAGGUUGAUGAUAGAGCGGAACCUGUUGGCUACAGAAUAAAGGAUGCUUUGAUGAAAAACUACUCAUAUUUAAUUAUAAUUGGGGACAAGGAAGUUGAAACUGGUAGGUAUGCUGUUAGAACAAAGGAGAGCCGCGAAUUGGAACAUCUGAGUACCGAUGAAAUUUUUUCAAAAUUCUGCGAACUAGAGAAGAAUUAUGCAUGA